AUGAAUUGCGUCCCAUUAGCGCUGCCACCACCGUGGGCACGCGGAGCCAUCUUUAAAGGACCUCUUGGUGGUGCAGAGACCGAAGCAUUCACUUGGUUAGAUGUCAGUUUACUACAGCGCAUAGAUGAGGCUCUAAGGUUCUUCCUUACACGCAUAAUGGACUCCACCUCUGUGUUAGUAGGCUUUAUAGCGGAUAUAGCAAUAACUUCGGACACUAAUAACUACAUCAAACAAAUUCCCGGACAGGACAAAACUCCAGAUUCAUUGGAUUGGGUAGGAUGGAUCAGUGCGACAUCAUUCCAGCUGCAGGCAGGGUUCGUUCGUAGGUGUUUCGCCUUACAGCAUCGACCCCGUUGUGAUGGCCAACUUACUCAGAUGCUUAGGUGCUCCGCCAUUGCACCUUCACCGGGUGGACUGGCCCCCAGGUCAUGCAAGUAG